AAUUUCAUAUUUGAGUUUCAUUUGACAUUGGAAGUUUGUUAUAUUUCAUUUGAUAUUGGAAAAUAUAAAAUCGAAUAACUUUUCGAGGACUGUAUUGUUGUAGGUGGAAUAUAUUUUAAGGUAAUCAAAAUGAAAGCAAUGUAUUUGCUACUAACUGUUUGCGCAGUAAUACUACAAAUUGCUCAAAGCGCAGAUCCAAAAUGUACUCUGGAAAGUACUAAACUUAUCUGCGUUGGAGUAAAUAAUGAAGAAUUAAUUGAAAACAUAAAAAAAUAUCAACCAGCUGAGAUAAAAUGCUACGACGGACCGUUAACCAAGUUAAAUUUACAAGAGUUGAGUAUUGACGAUCGAAAAAAAAUUAAAGAGAUCGUUGUUGUUGAUUUGGUAAAUGAACUGGAACUUCCGGUGGAUACAUUUAAUGGUGUCGAGAAUUUAGAAGUAUUAGCAAUUGUUAAUACAACAGUAAAAAUCGUUGAGAAAAAAAUGUUCGAGCCUUUAACAAAAUUGAAAGAAUUCCAUUUUGUACACAGUCACUCACGCAAACGUGGAGAUGGUCAUCUUGGAUUCAAAUUUACACCAGACUUACGUAAAUUAACAAUAAAAGGAUCGCCCAUGUAUGCUAUAAUGGAUAAUGGAUUAUUUAAUGUACCAAAUUUAGAGGAAUUAGAUUUUUCUGACGCCACUGUAGGAACAAUUAAAAACGAUUCAUUUAAAUUUUUAACAAAAUUAAAGAAAGUUAAUUUACGCCGAAAUGGUUUAAAAAAUUUACCAAUUGAAUUAUUUGAUAAUCAACCAAACUUAAAAGUUCUUGACGUAUCACAUAAUCCAUUGCAAAAUGUCGAUGAAUUUUUACCACAUAUCCUUGAAACUAACAAGGAGUUGGAUGAAUUUUUAAUCCAUGACUUGCCAUGUCAAUCAUUUGAAACGAAAAAGGAGGCUUUACAGAAUGCGUUAAAUUUUGUUACUGAAUGCGCUCACGAAGGUCAAGAUGGUCCAUAUGGUUACAAAACAUCGUGUGUUAGCUUACGUGCGUUUGAUAAAAGAAAACCCAAUGAAAAGAUAACUGUUUUCCAUGUAGAUGGAAAUGUUCCAGUUGAUGCUGAUGACAAUUUUAACGGUGUACCAUGCGUGUCUAACAAGAAAUUUAAAGAUAUUUUUCCACCAAUUCCAUUUAUCUUUUAAAAAAAAGAGUUAUGGUUUUCCGUCGGCGUACUUUCGUAAAAUAUAUACACAGUCAUCUAAUACUUCACACAGCUUUACAAUAAUUUAUUAAUUUAAAAAAAUUAAAGUAAAAAUUGUUUUAAAAUGUUAAUAAAAUUGUAAAUUACGAAAA